UACGUCGAAGUUUUUCUGUACAACUAUCAUAGUAUGUGCUCGUGCUUGAGUUCGUUUCUGAAGACAUUGCUUCUGUGAUUUACACUGUCCCACUUAUGCCUGUGUGGUUAACGUUAAUUUGUGGAAAACUCAGUUAUGAAUCAUGAUUUUGUUUCUGUUUCAGCGGAUUCAUUUCUAUAUCGGGGUUGGAAUUUUUCUAUUUUAGUUUUGCAUGUUGGUCGAAUUUCGAGCCCAAUAUAUACUUGUGAAUUUGCUGUUGGGGAUCCUAUUAGGCACAAUUCUGUUCUAGUAAAACUUGUUAUUAUUUUGCUAUUUUGCUGAAGUGAGGCUUAUUCAUGUUGCGUUAAGGAUUUCUCUGGUUUUUUCUCAGCUUGAUAACUUCAACAUCUGAGAGGAAAAUUUGAAAUUUGAAGCAAUGUAUUUAGUUGAGAGCAAGGGAGGUGCCAUAGUGUGUAUGCUUUUGGCCCUUCUCUUCUUGGGGACAUGGCCUGCUGUUAUGACUCUUCUAGAGAGAAGAGGUCGUCUUCCUCAGCAUACUUACCUUGAUUACUCCAUCACCAAUCUCUUGGCUGCUGUUAUCAUUGCUUUCACGUUCGGUCAGAUAGGUCAGAGUUCGCACAAUGAACCGAAUUUCUUAGAUCAACUUGCACAGGACAACUGGCCAUCUGUUUUGUUUGCAAUGGGAGGUGGUAUUGUACUGAGCCUUGGAAAUCUGUCCACACAAUAUGCCUGGGCUUUCGUCGGUUUAUCAGUUGUGGAAGUGAUCACAUCGAGCAUAACAGUUGUUAUAGGAACAACUUUGAAUUACUUUUUGGAUGACAAAAUCAAUAAGGCUGAGAUUCUUUUUCCUGGAGUUGGUUGCUUUCUGAUUGCCGUUUGUCUAGGAUCUGCUGUUCAUUCGUCUAACACUGCUGAUAAUAAAGCCAAGCUCAAUAGUCUGUCAAGUGAUCAAAAAGACGGAGCUAUGAAUGUUGCUUCGUCAUUGUCAGCAGCAACCGGAGCCAAAUUAAAUGAUAUAGAGAAAGGAAGUGGUUCUGCAAACAAAGUGAAAGCAGGAACUGCAGCUUUCCUUAUAGAGCUUGAGAAAAGGAGAUCAAUCAAGGUUUUAGGGAAGAGCACUGUGGUUGGAUUGGCUAUAACAUUCUUUGCUGGAGUUUGUUUCUCUUUGUUCUCACCGGCUUUCAACUUGGCAACAAAUGAUCAGUGGCACACUUUGAAGAAAGGGGUUUCCCAUUUAAGUGUUUACACUGCCUUCUUCUAUUUUUCAGUUUCUUGUUUCGUGAUUGCCAUCGUUCUGAACAUCACCUUCCUUUACUACCCUGUCUUGAACUUACCCAAGUCAUCACUGAAGGCUUAUCUAGGAGACUGGAAUGGAAGAGGUUGGGCCUUCUUGGCUGGUCUCCUUUGUGGUUUUGGGGACGGUCUCCAGUUUAUGGGAGGUCAAGCUGCAGGAUAUGCUGCAGCAGAUGCUGUGCAGGCACUUCCACUUGUGAGCACUUUCUGGGGCAUUGUUCUGUUUGGGGAAUAUCGCAAAUCAUCGCGAAGAACGUAUAUACUGCUAGGUAGCAUGUUGUUCAUGUUUGUCGCUGCUGUUGGAGUACUCAUGGCAUCCUCAGGGCAUCGUAAAUGAUUAUUCAGGCAACAUGUCAUGCGCGCACACACACACACACACACAUAUUCAUAUCCACGAGUUUUUGCAAGGCUUCAUUGUGGCAAGGGAGAAGCAUCCACAACGAUUGCUGGUGCUAAUUACUAGAAGAAAUUACAUCCUACAAAGAAAAGCAAAUUUUUCUCUUUCUUGUUCUUUCUUGACCAGAAAUGGGAACAGCAAAGUUGAGAUCUGCUCAUCUAUACAUAGCGCGACUGGAAGUUUCUAGUUGUAGUUGCAACAUCAGGAAUAUUUUAUUCAAUGUUGAUGUUUUAUUCUCGUUUUGUUCGUUC